AGCCAGGGGCUAGAUUGUGGAUUAUGGCAUCGAUCCUGCUCUUUGGUUUGAUAUUAUCGGUGUCUGCAACAGCUCCUGAAGUCUGGAUGCAAAGUGCCCCUCCAGGUUUGCUGAAGGCUGAAUGCCGCGACAGUGUCUUUUGGGUUGGACUGAAUAAGGAUUUUCUUGCCGGGAAGUUCUGGCAGAUUAGCAUUGUUGAUCCUGCUGGUAAAAUCUAUCUUGUUACACCAAGCUUUGCUUCACAGUGUGGCUACACCAUUACAGUGGAUUUGUGGAAUAAUGUUGAGUUCCGUGCCUCUGUCCUCAGCUGCUGUGUACAUAUUGUGAAUGAUGAACAGUUCAACCUCACUGUACAAAUACAUGUAGGAACUAACAGGAUAAUGGCUUCAACAUAUGUUCAAACACUUUCAUGUAUGUACUCACCAUGGGCUGCAAGGGAAAUCUUCUGUGAAGAAAACUACAUGCAGGUUUCAGUACAAAGAAAGAUACCACCAAUUGAAGACGAUUAUGCACAGGAUUCUCAGGACUGGUCUUUAAUUCUUCCAGAAGCAAGUAGUGCAGAAAGUGGAAUAUGGCAAGUGGUAUUCCAUAUAUCUGGUGACAAAAGGACUAUGACUGUCAAAGAAGCACAUCAAAUGAAUUAUGGAAUCAAUAGUACAAUGUCUCGUAUAUUGCUUCGUGCUCCAUAUCAUACAAAUGAGGCUCAAACUGUUUUGGUCCAUGGUGUGCCCUUGUCAGUAAUACGAUCAAGUACUUUUUAUAAACAGCACUGGAUGAUUCUUGUUGUUGACACUGCUGUGGCUUGUCCUCUUGAUGGUACUUCAUUCACUGAUGACCUAAUCAUCUGGACAGUACCAAGAAUCUUCACUCCACUUGUCACCAGUGCAGUUCAUCAGGACAACACCUCCAUGGGAGUAAAUGGGAUCAAGUUGAAUUCCACAACAAUGGGAGAAAGAAACUAUACCAUUGAUAAGAAUGAUACAGGCCUUGCUAUAAGGGUCCCCAUUGGAGCACAGGAUGGAUAUUACAAGAGCCAUGUGGUGGAUGGACAGUAUGGUAUAAAGUACAGCAUCAAUUUGUUCUUGGAGCACCUGUGGAAAGAUGAGGCAUGGGGACUGAAUAAAAUCAACGUGAUCCACCCAGUUACUACACCCUUUAUACCUCAGCCAUUGGUUCUCAUUGAUGAUACCAUUCCUGAGCAAUGGCUAUUCAAUGUCUCAUUGGGCAACUUCCUUCCUGAUGUAGAACUCACCAAGCUCACUCUGGGCACACAGUCCUUCCCUGUGGAUGAAGAAACCCUGAUAUUUAAUGUGUACACUGGGACUAACCCAGAUGAGACCACCUUAAAUAGAAUCUUCAUCCUGGAAGUUCCCAUGGAGUCACCAGUUGUAGACAGAAAGUAUAUAGGUGAUGGUGUUGAACAAUAUACCCUUGAUGUCAUCUUCACAAUGACUGUGGUUCCAGAAAAUCUAACAUUCACACAUCCAGCUCACUUAAUACAUCAGCACACAAUAGUACUUCCUGUGGCUGAUGGCUUUUGUGAUGAAGAGAACGUGACCUUGAUGGUAACACGUGGAAUGUCAGAUCGGUACUGGAUUCCUUAUGUGUCCUAUUCUGCCCUGUAUGAGGAAGGUGACUAUCCAGUCGUGAAGUAUCUGACUGAUCCUGUCUAUGUUGAAGUGCAACUGCUACACAAUGAAGAUCCACAAAUUGAAUUGUUCCUGCAAGACUGUUGGGCAACUGCGUCACCGGACAGACGCAGCAUUCCACAGUGGCCUCUAAUUAUCAACAGCUGUGAGAACAAAGCUGACUUGUAUAGAACCACCUUCCAUCCGGUAGCCGAGAGUGAGAGGGUUAAAUAUCCUGCUCACUUCAAAAGGUUUGAAGUCCAGAUGUUUACUUUCACCUUGGGCAAUUAUACUGAGGAACAGGUGUAUUUCCAUUGCAGCGUAGCCUUGUGCAGGAAGGAGCCAGUAAAUAGAUUCCUGUGUCCAGGUCAAUGUGUACCAAGGAAACAACGAAUAGGGCGAAGUGCUGACAGAACCCACCAUGUGCAGGGGUAUGUGUCAUCAGGGGCUGUUCUGAUUUCUACAGAAUUCUCUACAGUAGAGAACCAGAUGGAGCAAGGUGACAAUAACCUGUCCUCUUCCAAGGCGGUCCUGAUUGGAGGCUCAGCAAUAAUUGUUACUUUAAUGGUGUUUAGUGUCAUCAGUUGUAAGUGCCAAAUGAAAAGAUUGGACUAAGCUUUAAUUAAAAAUGCUCAUUCAAA